CUUCCUAAUUCUUCUAUCCAUAAUCCCAGUCAGCGACAAAGUGAGAUCGGAGCGAAGAAAUGGCGGCGACCAUGCUCUCGUCUAUGCUUGCAACCACACACUGCUUCCCAUCGCAGAACCCUAAUCGUGGAAGCGGAAACAGGAAGAGUUGCCGCUCCUCUUCUUCGCCUGCUUGCUUUUAUCCCUCAACUGUUCGUUACCAGGAUCGUUUUUCCGCCUUCAGGCCGUCUACAUUCCCCUCCUUUUGCGCUAUUCGCGGCCACCUUUACCGGAUGGGAGCUCGAAGGUCGACAAGCCGCAUCUUCCUCCCGCAUCUUGUCGCCUCCAUUGAAGAGGUUGAGGAGACUUAUGUAAUGGUUAAACCUGAUGGUGUCCAGCGCGGCCUGGUUGGAGAUAUUAUUUCACGAUUUGAGAAGAAAGGGUUUCUGCUGAAAGGCCUGAAGCUUUUCCAAUGUCCCAAGGAACUGGCAGAGGAGCAUUACAAAGAACUGAAGGACAAAAGUUUCUAUCCUAAGCUGAUAAAAUACAUCACAUCUGGUCCAGUUGUGUGUAUGGCAUGGGAAGGUAUUGGAGUAGUUGCAUCGGCUCGUAAGCUUAUUGGAGCAACAAAUCCUCUUCAAGCUGACCCAGGAACUAUUCGGGGUGAUUUAGCUGUUCAAACUGGAAGAAAUGUUGUUCAUGGAAGUGACAGCCCUGAUAAUGGACAUCGUGAAAUUGAUCUCUGGUUCAAGCAAGAUGAGUUGUGUGAGUGGGUACCAGCUCAAGAACCUUGGCUCAAGGAAUAGAUGUGGGAAGACUAAUAUGCUUUGAAGGUUCCAGAAUAAACUGAAAAGAGGUUUCAAGAUACUUCCUUGAGCCCAUUUCCUCUGGCAGUUGGAGGUUUUUUUUCUUUAUUUAAUUUAUUAUUUUUUAUUUUAAGUACUAUGUUUCAAGCUAAUAUGAAGAUGGUUUCUUAGAUAUUUUUUUCCUUUUGUAAAAGUUUGUUCUUGAAGCGCUUGAUUGAUUGUUAUUGUAUCAUCUCCCAAGAGAUUGAAUGGAAAUUUUCUUAUCAAGAUA